UGUCAGUCAAUGGAGGGAUGAAGAAGAAAUGGUGUGUGUGAUUUUAUUGUUAUUUUAUUGAAAUUAAACUUUUAUUAUUUUAUAAAAGUCGUUUUUAAAGUGAUACACUUAACGUGUAAUAAGUAUGGCAUCUUCUAGUAAAUUACCUGGUACUGGACUGGAAGAUGUUGGCGUACCGGGACAGUCAUAUCUUCGGGACGCUCUCACAAGUUGCACUGAUCCAUUGAAAGCUAUUGAGGAAUUCCAGCUUGAAAACGGUAUUCUCCUGCCUUCCCUGCGACCUAUGCUGCCUCUUCUUGAUCUACACGGUGUUCGCAGACUAGAUUUUCAUACUUCUGUACUGGAAGAGUUGAGAGAUAAACUCAUCGCACAUAUCAAUGAACUUGGGUCUAAGGAUAGUAAAGAAAAUGACAAGAAAUUAAAGGAAUUAUUAUCUAAGAGCUUCUCGGUAGUCAGGGUGAAAGCCCUGAGACCAGUUAUAAUGAGCAUUUUGAAGAACACUCCUCAUAUUGAUGACAAGUAUCUAAAAGUAUUGGUCAGGGACCGAGAACUCUAUAAUGACACAGACACUGAGGUCAAAAGACAGAUUUGGCAAGAUAACCAAUCCUUAUUUGGUGAUGAAGUGUCUCCCCUUUUAAGUCAGUACAUCAGAGAGAAAGAAAAUAUUUUGUUUGACCAUGAAAACUUAACCAACUUAUUCUUUUCACCAUCACCCAAAGUAAGACGACAAGGAGCAGUAGUGCAGAAAUUAGCUCACAUGAUUGGUAACAGUGUGAAAUUAUAUGACAUGGUAUUACAGUUCCUACGCACAUUGUUUUUACGGACGCGCAAUGUGCACUAUUGUACUCUAAGAGCAGAAUUGCUGAUGGCCUUACAUGACUUAGAAAUUCAAGAUAUUAUAUCUGUUGACCCCUGUCAUAAAUUUACUUGGUGCUUAGAUGCUUGUAUAAGAGAAAGAAAUGUUGAUAUAAAGAGAUCUAGAGAACUGCAGGGAUUUCUAGACAGUAUCAAAAGAGGUCAAGAGCAAGUAUUGGGUGAUCUAUCUAUGACCUUAUGUGAUCCUUAUGCAAUAAACUUUUUAGCUACAUCAGCAAUCAAAAUAUUGCAGCAUUUGAUAAAUACUGAAGGUCUCCCGAGAGAUAAUACAAUCCUAAUUCUUUUAUUGAGAAUGUUGGCUUUGGGUUUGAGUGCAUGGGUUAUGAUUGACUCUCAAGAGUUCAAAGAACCUAAACUUGAUAGCCAAGUGGUAACUAAAUACUUGCCAGCCCUCAUGUCUCUUAUGGUGGAUGACCAAGUCAGAGCAUUGCACAACAAACUGCCCCCAGAUGAAAGAGAGUCUGCCAUCACCACCAUUGAGCAUUCAGGGCCUGCUCCUGAUGCCUGUGAGGCAUACAUGAGGGAAAGCUCGGUCUGCGGUGUGUUAGCCAUGUAUUACACUCUUCAUGCAGCAAAACUUCGCGAUAGAGGUGCCCUUCUAAGAAUAUUAAGCAUCUUGGGCAGCUGCAAAGAUGGCAGAGCCUAUGAAGACCCAUUCCUACAUGCACUGGUAGCUUUACUAGUACAGCUGCCUGAUGAAUUCCAGGGAGAAGACUUCAGUACAGUAUUAUUUGAUGAGUUCUUUUUUGCUGGUCUAUCUAAAGAUAAUGUCACAAGACAUCUGCUCAAAUUACUAUGGUACAUUUAUCCAAAGUUGCCAGAGACCAGGAUACAGACUUUAAUGAAGGCGUUACAGCCAGGCACACAGCAUAAUGAAUCUGUACACAAGUUGCAUGAAGCGCUUCAACAAAAGUUGACUGCACAAAUCGAACCGGUACCCACCACAAGUGAAAUGGAGUAUUUAGACUCGCCUUUAAUGAGUGUUCCUACACCGGCACCUUACCACAUGUAAUUUACACUGUUAAUUAAUUAUAACUAAGCAUUUAAGAAUUAAAUUGACUAUACAUAUUUUUAA